AACUAGGUACGCGUAUAGUAGAAGUCUUUGAUAUUAUGAUUGAAGAAGUGGAAGUUAAAAAAUAUUAAAACAUGAUUUCGAUUGCAACAUAAGAUAUUCAAAAGGGAAAUUUAUGAAUAAGGAAGAAAAAUAAAUAUUAAACCAGCUAGAAAAACAUUAACUCAAGGAUAAGCACUUGGAAUCAUGGAAAAUGAGUGGAAACGAGAAGAGAAAGAAGAAAUAAAAUAUAAUCUACCACAGAAAUAAUCUGUAGAAGAAAAAACAAAACAGAAAUAAAAUGAAAAAACUUAAAUAUGAAAUUGUGAAAAGUGCAGUGUAGAAAUAACAGAGAAAUGAUUUUAUAACGUCAUAUUAAAUCAUGAAACGCCAAAGCAGUCAAUCAUUUUCGUCCAAGAUUUUUCUGAUCGCGGUCAAUCUGCUUCUAGGAAUUAAUUUAAACUUUAUUUGUGAAGUCUCGGCCAAUGAUGUAACAGAUUCAUUUAAUGAGUGCAAAUGGACUUACAAUAAGAGCGUUAAGCAUACAACAUGUAACAUUCGAACGUUGGAAGCAGCACAUAGUGUCGAGUUGCUUCAAGAUGCUCAAGGCACUCAAAAGUUAGAUAUCAUAUGCGAUGAGUCGGUUAUGUUCGAAAGUCAAAUACCAAAUAAAUUCUUUCGAGACAUAUCGAGUUUAAGUGAACUGACAUUGGAUUCUUGUAAAAUUCUAAAGAUAACUCAACAUACUUUCGAUGGACUUGGUGAACUUAAAAAAUUAACUGUUAACACAAAGAACUCGCAAUGGAGUUCAGUGAAAUCACUUGAAAUGCAGCAAAACGCCAUGAGUGGACUGAAACAAUUAACAAUAUUGGAAUUAACAGACUCAAACAUUCGAGUGAUACCGGAUGGCUUUUAUUGUCCAUUGAAUAAUUUACAAGUGCUUAACCUUACCCGAAACCGUCUCCGGACAACGGAAAAUUUAGGCUUUUCGGGUGAUGAAUGCAACGCUCUAAAAGAAAUAAGUGCAUUAGACUUAAGUUGGAAUGAAUUAAGAAUUAUACCCGAGAACUGGGCAGUGUCAAAGCUUCGAAGGCUGCAACAUUUGAAUUUGCAGCAUAACAACAUAAGUGAAUUAAGCAGUGAAACUCUAACCGGUUUAAAUGCAUUACGAACGUUUAAUCUCAGUUACAAUCACAUUGAUCAGAUUCCAAAUGGAUUGUUUUCAAGCUCCAAGGAGCUCAGAGAAAUCCAUUUGCAGAGUAAUGAACUGUAUGAACUACCUAAAGGAGUUUUUCAUAAACUAACUCAGUUAUUAGUGCUUGAUUUAUCGAAAAAUUUGCUUACAAGUCAUCAUAUAAAUAAUGAAACAUUUGCUGGCUUGAUACGAUUAGUGAUUUUGAAUUUAUCCCACAACUCUUUGACACGAAUCGAUUCCACAACCUUCAAGGAACUUUAUUUCCUUCAAGAACUGAAUUUAAGAAAUAACUCAAUUGGAUAUAUUGAUGACAACACGUUCGCUCCGCUUUAUAAUUUGCAUGAAUUAAAUUUGGCUGAGAAUCGUUUACAUACUUUAAACGAUAAACUUUUUAAUGGACUUCAGGUGCUGUCAAAGCUAACACUUAACAAUAAUUUGAUAAGCAUUGUAGAAGUGAACGUGUUUAAAAACUGUUCCGAUCUUAAAGAAUUGGAUUUGAGUUCAAAUCAAUUGCAAGAAGUUCCAGAAGCAUUACAAGUCUUGUCAGUUCUGCGAACACUUGAUUUAGGUGAAAAUCAAAUAACGCAAUUUAAAGCUGGUGCAUUUAAAAAUCUUAUUCAAUUAAAUGGUCUUCGAUUAAUUGAUAAUCAAAUUGAGAACAUUACAAAAGGUAUGUUUGAAGAUUUACCUCGAUUAAGCGUACUAAAUAUUGCAAAAAAUCGAAUUCAAUCAAUCGAACAAGGUUCGUUUGACGCAAAUAAAGAAAUUGAAGCGAUACGCUUGGAUGGGAAUUUUGUGUCAGAUAUAAAUGGAAUUUUUUCCGGAUUAUCAUCACUUUUAUGGCUCAACUUAGCAGAAAAUCAUUUGAGUUGGUUUGAUUAUGCUUUUGUGCCUAGUAACUUAAAAUGGUUAGACAUUCAUGGAUGUUACAUUGAAUCUCUACAAAACUAUUAUAAAUUGCAAGAGGGAAUUCGAAUUAAAACACUCGAUGCAAGUCACAACCGGCUUAUCGAGAUUGGACCACUUAAUGUGCCAAACAGUAUCGAACUUUUAUUCAUCAAUAAUAAUCACAUACAAAAGAUUCAUCCAAAUACUUUUGUUGACAAAGUCAAUUUAACUCGAGUUGAUUUGUAUGCUAAUUCCCUCCAAAAAUUGCAAAUGCAUCAACUUCGAAUUGCUCCAAGCAUUGCCGCAAAGACAAGAACAGGUGAAAAAGAAAAGUUGGACCUUCAACCACUUCCGGAGUUUUAUUUGGGCGGUAAUCCCUUUGAAUGUGACUGUUCUAUGGAAUGGCUACAUCGCAUCAACAAUUUCACAUCAAGACAACACCCAAAAAUCAUGGAUUUGCAGAACAUUGAAUGUAUUAUGCCCCACAGGCGUGGCGCAUCCAUCAGACCUAUUGAGCACGUUGACAUCAUAGAUUUUGUGUGUCCUUAUGAAGCUCAUUGUUUUGCUUUGUGCCAUUGUUGUGAUCAAAAUGGAUGUGAAUGUGAUAUGACAUGUCCUAAAAAUUGUUCAUGUUAUCAUGAUCAAACAUGGGCCACAAACAUGGUGGAUUGUGGACAUCAAGCAUCACAAAAUUUACCUCGUUUCAUACCAGCUGAUACUACAGAACUAUAUUUGGAUGGAAACAAUUAUCCUGAGUUAGAUGUCGCUCCAUUUAGACAGCACAGCAAACUUCGUCAUCUUUUCUUGAACAGCAGUAAAGUUGAGAUCAUAAGAAAUCGAACAUUUUUCGGUCUUUCAACUCUCCAAACUCUUCAUUUGCAUGACAAUAGGUUGCAAAAGUUAUACGGCUACGAAUUUGAGCAAUUAUUGAAGUUAAAAGAGCUUAAUUUGCAUAAUAAUCAAUUGACAUUCAUAGGAAACCAAACCUUCGCUUACUUAAAGUCGUUGCAAUUUUUACGAAUUGACGGUAAUCGGUUGGUGAAUACAUUGUUAUGGCAAUUAUUACCUUCAAUUAAUAGCAAUUCUGAGGCAAUUCAGUUGGAAAGAAUUUCAAUGGGACGUAAUCCAUGGAGUUGUCGUUGUCGAUUCAUUCAAGAAAUGACACAAUUUGUUGCAGAAAAUGCGCUCAUUAUUCAAGAUGCACAAGACAUUUAUUGUGUUGAUGAAGAAAAUGAAAAUAUUCAACGUGAAUUGGAUUUAAAUUCGACAUCAGCUUGCAGUGAUUUUUAUUUAAGCUCUUCGAAAACGGGAAUCGCAAACUUCAUUCUGUUUCAUGAUUUCAUACCGCUUUUAUUUACAUUAAUUGUAACAAUCUGUUUGUUGAUUCUAUUUGUCGUCUUAUUUGUUUUUCGUGCUCAACUGAAAUUAUGGUUUUGUUCUCAUUACGGCUUUUUUGGACCACCAUGUGAAGACACUGAGAAGCUCUAUGAUGCAGUAAUUUUCCAUUCAGCAAAAGACAUUGAGUAUGUUAUUAAGCAUAUAGCAAAUGAAUUUGAAUCUGGCCGCCCACCAAAUCUACGAAUGUGUUUGCAAUAUCGUGAUUUGAACGAAGAUGCCAAUUAUAUUCAACUUCUCGAGACUGCUUGCGCAUCACGUAAGAUUGUCAUUUUGCUGACACGAAACUUUCUACAAACAGAGUGGGUUCGCUUUGACUUACGACGUGCUGUGCAUGAAUCGCUGCGCGGAAGACCAUACAAACUUGUCAUUAUUGAAGAUGCUGAUGUCGGCUCUGAUGCUGAGAACGACAUUGAACUUUUACCGUAUCUCAAAGCUUCUGGAGUCAGUAGAAUAAAGCGUAAUGAUCGAAAUUUUGUUGACAAGCUAAGAUAUGCUCUACCGAUGGAGGUAGUUUACCGUGGCACUAAUAAUUACACAUUAGAACAUCAACAACAUCACAUGACAUUGCCGAAUUAUCCACAGCACAUGGUGCCGCAACAACAUCAGCAAAUGAAACAUCAAACAAAUAGUGGAACAUUAAACGGUGGCAUGAUGUAUCACAAUCAUCACCAUCGACAAGCACCACCAGCAUAUUGUCCCGAAUUAGAUGAAACAAAUUAUUCAUCAGCUACAACAGCAACUCCUAGUCCACAUCCGUCACGACAUAAUAUUUUAUCUUCAGAUAUUCACCACCCGUCAGUAUCACAGUCACAGCCAAACCAGUCUAAUCAUCAAAGACCUUUGUCGGAACAUAUUUACUCGAGCAUUGAUUCUGAUUACAGCACACUUGAUUGCGAAAAUCAAUUGUUGCAACCUCAAAUGCAAACAGUUCAACAUCUGAACCAAUCAAGCAUUGACUCAAGUACGGGUUUAAACCGGCCAAAUGCAGCAUGGCACAAUAAUGGCAACAUUCCUAAUGGGCAACAUGUCCAAGCUUAUCUCGUGUAAGGUACUCAAAUGCAAGCUCUAAGUACGUAUGAACAGAAGGUUAUCAAAUGUCUUAACCGAAUGGAAUAUAAGCUAAGAAUAAAAAGAACUUUAUUGACUGGCAAUUUCUUAAGUGAUAAUAGAAAUAAGUUUGAAUGAUUUUUGUAAGACAUUAAAUCUCUGUGAAACAUAAACUACUUAAAAAUGAUAAAUACUCUAUUGUUGCGAAUUGCUUAAACCAUUAUUUUGAAAGUUUAAUUUCUUCUGAUGGAAUGAACGAACCAAAGCACAAAUUGAACUAAAUUUUAUUUCUCUUUUUUUUACUUUACAACUACGCCAGAUGAAAUUAUAUUUUGCUAGCAACUACUAUCUUUUCAUUUUAAAAACCUACUUUUAACCUCCUGUAAUCUAAUUUCAAAUCAAAACAAUAAUGACUAUAAAUUGAAAAUAAAAAGUAACAACAGAUGGAAAGAAAAGUUUUUGUUUGUAAGUAUAUACCUAACUAGAUGAAAUGUUACAAAUUAAAAAAAAAACAUACAAAUAGUAACAUAUAAAGACAUAUAACAGAAUUGGUUCAAGAGAAAGAAAAAUAAAUGAAAUUAUGUAGAUACACUCUUGCAAAACAGUCGUCGCUUGUAUUCAGUCUUGAUAAUCUAUGUAUCUGAGAGAAAAAAAGUGUAAAAGAAAAUGAAUUAGAAUGAAAAAGAAUUGCGCUAUUUUCAAUUGUGAAGGAUACAUAAAAUUGAAUGAAAAAUGUUAUUUUAUUUGAAUAAGCAUUUAUACAACAUACUCGAAUGAACCUGCUAUCAUACAUAAAAGCGAUAUCUCUAUUUAUAUAUCUCUAUCAGUGGACGGAAAUUCAUGAAAUAUUAAAAUGAUGAAAAAUGCAUAAAUAAAUGUAGUUUGUAUAUAUUAUGAGCAGGCGUUAUGUAUAUAUUUUAUACAUGAACAUGUAUGUAUGUAUUUAUUUAUACAAAGUUAUUAUGUAAAUGCAAAUUAAAGUUUUUGGCAGAAAAUAAAAACUGUAAUUAAAAUAGAAAUGCUGAAUGAAACAUCAAACCCUGUUUU